CGAUCAGUCGGCAAUUUGCAAAAAAAAAAUAAAUUUUUUUGCUUUUCUGUGUGCAUUUGAGUGCAUUUUAAUUGUUAAUUAUAAUUAGUUGUUAGUAUUGAUUAGUAAAUACUAACAAAUAUCUACAGUAUUACCAAAAAAGAAUCAGGCAAAUUGUACUUCAUUUAAAGAUUUACGAAUAUGAACUCCAAUGAGCCGUGGAACCUUCCACAGAAGCAGGGUCUCUAUGAUCCAUCCCUUGAAAAAGAAGCAUGUGGAGUUGGUUUUAUCGUUGCAAUUGAUGGAAAACGUUCGCACAAGAUUGUUCAUGAUGCGAUGAAAUUGUCAGAACGUAUGAACCAUCGAGGUGCAUGUGCAUGUGACAAUGAUACUGGAGAUGGGGCAGGUGUUUUAUGCGCUAUUCCACACCAAUUCUACGCGGAUGAACUUCGAGAGAAGCAAGGUAUAAAUUUACCGGAAUUUGGAAGUUAUGCAACGGGCAUACUGUUUCUCGAUAAAAAUACUCAUCAGGAAACUGAAGCUUCAUUCGAAAAAUUGGCUAAGGAAUGUAAUUUAAGAGUAAUUUGUUGGCGAGAUGUGCCGACAAAUAAUUCUUGCAUCGGUCAAGUUGCACGAAAAUGUGAACCUUAUAUGCGACAAGUAUUUGUAACAAGUGAUCAUGACAUUGAAACAUUGAAUCGUAAGAUAUUUGUAUUACGAAAAAAAUCGACACAUCUUAUUAGACAGCCGGGCUUAAGGUAUUACAUUUGCUCGCUGUCUUUGAGAACUGUUGUCUAUAAAGGUCAACUAACAGCCGAUCAAUUAUGGGAAUAUUUUCCAGAUUUGAAGUCUCCAAGAUUCGAGACUUAUUUGGCGUUGGUACACACAAGGUUUUCAACAAAUACUUUUCCAAGCUGGGAAAGAGCUCAUCCACUUCGAUUACUCGCCCACAAUGGAGAAAUAAACACUCUCCGUGGAAAUGUUAAUUUUAUGAAAGCCCGAGAAGGAGUAAUGCGAAGUGAAAUAUUUGGUAGUCAAUUAAAAGAAUUAUAUCCUGUUGUUGAGCCUAAUCUUUCUGAUUCUGGUUCAGCCGAUUGUGUACUGGAAUUUUUAUGCAUGGCAGGAAAUCGUUCUCUACCUGAAGCUGUGAUGACUAUGGUACCGGAAGCAUGGCAGAAUGAUAAAACAAUGGCAACGGAGAAAAAAGACUUCUAUCAUUGGGCAUCAUGUGCAAUGGAACCUUGGGAUGGUCCUGCUUUGCUCACAUUUACCGAUGGCCGUUACAUUGGCGCUAUUUUGGACAGAAAUGGUCUUCGUCCAUCGCGUUUCUACGUCACUAAGGAUAAUGUGAUGGUGAUGGCGUCUGAAGUGGGCGUCUAUGACACUCCGCCCAGCAAUGUUAUCCUGAAGAGUCGCUUGAAGCCCGGAAGAAUGUUACUUGUUGACACUGAGGAAAAACAAAUCAUUCAAGAUGUGGAACUCAAGUUGAAAAUCGCUAGGAGCCGACCACAUUCCCAAUGGCUUAAGGAGCAGAUAACAAUGGAGGAUCUUCGACAAGCGUACAUUGCAAAUGGUGGAACAUUAGAUGAUCAUCAGAAUGGAAAUAAAAAUAAUGAAAUUACUGGAGAUAUUGAACGUGGAGUUAAACAAUUGGAAAUGAAAAUAUCGGCCGUCAAUCGUGUUUGGGGAGGUGAUAAAAGACUCGCUCUAUUUGGAUAUACUUUGGAAACUAUCAAUAUGCUUUUACUUCCAAUGAUUCAAACCAAAAAAGAAGCUCUUGGUUCAAUGGGAAAUGAUGGGCCUCUCGCAUGUUUAUCUGAAUUUCAACCACUUCUUUAUGAAUAUUUUAAACAAUUAUUCGCGCAGGUGACUAAUCCUCCAAUUGAUCCAUUUAGAGAAAAAGUUGUGAUGUCUUUACUUUGUCCAAUUGGACCCGAAAGUAAUAUUCUUGAACCAAAUGAACUUUAUGUACAUCGACUUUUUCUUCCACAACCAAUAUUAUCACUUAAUGAUCUUGAAGUGAUUAAAAAAAAUAAACAUCGUGGAUGGAAAACAAAAGUAAUUGAUGCAACUUAUCCCAUUGAGGAAGGAAUAUCGGGUCUUGAAACAACACUUGAUCGUGUUUGUCGUGAAGCUAAUGAAGCUGCAAGGAAUUCUUAUCAAAUUAUUGUAUUAUCUGACAAACAAUGUGGACCCAAGAGAGUUCCAGUGAGUAGUUUAUUGAUUUUGGGAGCGGUUCAUCAUCAUUUAAUUGAAGAACGACAGCGAAUGAAAGUGGGAAUUAUUUUAGAAACUGGAGAAGCACGAGAAGUACAUCAUAUUUGUGUUUUACUUGGAUAUGGAGCCGAUGGUAUUUGUCCAUAUCUUGUUUUUGAAAUGGCAAGAGACUUAAGAGACGAUGGAGUUGUUGAUGAUACAUUCAAUGACAAUGUCAUAUUCCAAAACUACGCUGAGGCAAUGGAACGAGGAAUUGCUAAAGUAAUGGCAAAAAUGGGAAUUUCCACACUUCAAUCAUACAAGGGAGCACAAAUUUUCGAAGCUGUUGGCCUUGCUGAUGAAGUCAUUGAAAAAUGCUUUAAGGGAACUCAAUCUCGAAUUGGUGGGGUUACUUUUAAAAUAUUGGCUGAAGAAGCAUUUGAACGACAUCAAAUGACCUUUUGGGAUAUUCCUACCGAUCAGGUAAUUAUUCGUAAUCCUGGAAUUUUCCAUUGGCGAUCGGGAGGUGAAAAACACAUCAAUGAUCCUGCGAGUAUCGCGAGUUUACAGGAAUUUGUCGAAUCAAAAGAAGUUUCGGCCUAUGAAAAUUAUCGAAAUACAACAAUGCAAGCUGUUCAAGCAUGCACUUUACGUGGUCAAUUGGAAUUGGUGACAACAAAAAAUCAAAUAUCAAUUUCUGAAGUUGAACCAGCUUCUGAAAUUGUAAAACGUUUUGCAACUGGUGCAAUGAGUUUUGGAAGUAUUUCCCUGGAGGCACAUCAAACAUUGGCAAUAGCUAUGAAUCGAAUUGGUGGAAAAUCAAAUACUGGAGAAGGUGGUGAAAAUGCAGACAGGUAUUUGAAUCAAGAUCAAGAAUUUAAUAAACGAUCUGCUAUUAAGCAAGUUGCUAGUGGAAGAUUUGGUGUUACUUCAAGUUAUUUGGCGAGCGCUGACGAUCUUCAAAUUAAAAUGGCACAGGGAGCAAAACCCGGUGAAGGGGGAGAACUUCCAGGAUAUAAAGUCACGGCAGAAAUAGCAGCAACUAGGCAUUCGGUUGCAGGUGUUGGACUCAUUUCACCUCCUCCUCAUCACGAUAUUUAUUCAAUAGAGGAUCUUGCGGAAUUAAUUUACGAUUUAAAGUGCGCUAAUCCAAAUGCGAGAAUUUCAGUGAAAUUGGUUUCAGAAGUUGGUGUUGGUGUUGUCGCUUCUGGAGUCGCUAAGGGUAAAGCUGAACAUGUAGUGAUUUCUGGACAUGACGGUGGUACCGGUGCAAGUAGUUGGACUGGAAUAAAAUCAGCGGGACUACCAUGGGAAUUGGGUAUUGCCGAGACACAUCAAGUAUUGACAAUGAAUAAUCUUCGUUCACGAAUGAUUGUACAAGCUGAUGGACAAAUGCGAACUGGAUUUGAUAUUAUUGUUGGUGCUUUACUUGGUGCCGAUGAAUUUGGCUUUAGUACUGCGCCUCUUAUUGCAAUGGGCUGUACAAUGAUGAGAAAAUGUCAUUUAAAUACAUGUCCCGUUGGAAUUGCAACGCAAGAUCCAGUGCUUCGUAAAAAAUUUGCCGGAAAGCCCGAACAUGUUAUUAAUUUUCUCUUUAUGUUAGCCGAAGAGGUUCGUUCACAUAUGGCAAGUUUGGGAAUAAGAAAUUUCCAGGAACUUAUUGGACGAACGGAUCUUCUUAAAGUUCGUGAUGAUAUAACAUUGGAGAAAGCAAAAACAUUGAAACUUGAAAAUAUAUUGAAAAAUGCGCUUACAUUGCGACCGGGUGCAAAUAUUAAAGGUGGAUCGGUGAAACAAGAUUUUCAAUUGGAAUCAAGAUUGGAUAAUGUACUUAUUGAAAAGGCAAUGCCAGUGAUUAAUGGAGAACAACGAAGUGUUAAUAUUGAAAUGAUUAUUAAUAAUGAAUGCCGAGCAUUUACGUCAACUCUCAGCUAUCAUAUUUCCAAAAAAUAUGGAGAAGAAGGUCUUCCUGAGAAUAGUAUUAAUAUUAAAAUGAAAGGCUCAGCAGGGCAGAGUUUUUGCGCUUUUAUGACAAAAGGAAUACAUGUGACUCUCGAAGGUGAUGCAAAUGAUUAUGUAGGAAAGAGUCUUUGUGGUGGUGAAAUUGUCAUUUAUCCACCGAAAGAAUCAGAUUUUGAUUCAGUGGCAAAUGUUAUUGUUGGCAAUGUUUGUUUAUAUGGAGCAACAUCGGGAAAGGCUUAUUUCCGUGGAAUAGCCGCCGAGAGAUUUAGUGUAAGAAAUAGUGGUGCCGUUGUUGUUGUUGAAGGUGUUGGUGAUCAUGGUUGUGAAUAUAUGACUGGUGGUUGUGCAGUAAUUUUAGGAUUAACGGGAAGAAAUUUCGCUGCUGGUAUGUCAGGUGGAAUUGCAUUUGUUUUGGAUGUCGAUGGAUCGUUUAAAAGCAAAUGUAAUCCCGAAAUGGUGGAAUUAUUGCCUUUGGAUCAAGCAGAGGAUAUUGAUUAUGUGAAACAAUUGCUCGAGGAAUUUGUUGAAAAAACAGAAUCACUAAUUGCUCAGGAUUUAUUGCAAAUUUGGCCUGAACCCACAACACGUUUUGUUAAAGUCUUCCCGUAUGAUUAUCAACGAGCGCUGAAACAAAUGGAGGAACAAAAAGAAAAUGAAUUGAUAAUAAAUGGAAAUACAGAUUCAGAUUCUACUGUGAAAGACAUCGAAGAUUCAGUGCCUGAUUCUGAAAUGGAACAACGCAAACUAGAUAAAAUAAAGGGAUUUAUGAAAUACGAGCGUGAAAAAAUGAAUUAUCGACAAGCGGAGAAACGUGUUAAUGAUUGGGAAGAAAUUUAUAAUUUCCAAGGUGUUCGUAAAGGAUUAAAAGUACAAGCAGCAAGAUGUAUGGAAUGCGGUGUACCAUUUUGUCAAAGUAGUCAUGGAUGUCCACUUGGAAAUAUUAUUCCAAAAUGGAAUGAUUUAGUAUUUCAAUCAAAUUGGAAGGAGGCUCUUAAUCAAUUACUUCAGACAAAUAAUUUUCCAGAAUUCACAGGAAGAGUAUGUCCAGCGCCAUGCGAAGGUGCAUGCGUUUUGGGAAUCUCUGAACCGCCAGUGACAAUAAAAAAUAUUGAAUGUGCAAUAAUUGAUCAUGCAUUUGAGCAAGGAUGGAUUACUGCUAAUCCACCGCAAACGAGAACUGGUCGUAAAAUUGCAAUUGUUGGUUCUGGACCCGCGGGACUUGCAGCUGCUCAUCAACUUAAUAAAGUUGGACACACUGUUACUGUGUUUGAAAGAAAUGACAGGAUUGGAGGAUUACUUCAGUAUGGAAUUCCAACAAUGAAAUUAUCAAAAAAAGUUGUUCAAAGGAGAGUCACUCUACUUGCCACUGAGGGAAUUACAUUCAAGACGAAUGUCGAUGUUGGAAAAGAUAUUUCUACAAAGGAAUUGAAGAAGCAAUUUGACGCGGUUUUAAUUUGCACCGGUGCAACGUGGCCUCGAGAUUUGCCAAUUCCUGGCCGACAAUUUGAGGGCAUUCAUUUUGCAGUGAGUUUCCUUGAACAUUGGCAAAAGAAACAAAUGGGAAAUGAAGCUCCAUUAGAUAUGCGACUCAUUGCAAAGGGCAAGGAUGUGAUUAUAAUUGGUGGUGGUGAUACAGGCUGUGAUUGCAUUGCUACUUCUUUACGGCAGGGCGCAAAAACAAUUACAACGUUUGAGAUUUUACCGGAGCCACCAGUAAAACGUGCUGAUGAUAAUCCUUGGCCUCAAUUUCCACGUGUAUUCAAAGUUGAUUAUGGUCACGAGGAAGUUCGUCUUAAAUUUGGCCGCGAUCCUCGACAAUUUAGCACUCUCAGCAAGGAAUUUUUGGAUGAUGGCAAAGGCCACGUGAGCGGAAUAAAAACAGUGACAGUCGAGUGGACAAAAGAUGAGAAUGGACGCUGGAAAAUGACUGAAGUUCCAAAUUCAGAAAAGGUAUAUAAAUGUAAUUUAGUUCUUCUCGCUAUGGGAUUCCUUGGGCCAGAAAAAUAUAUGGCAAGUGAGAUUGAAGCGAAAUUGGAUGGACGUGGAAAUUAUGAAACUCCUUCGGGAAAAUACGUGACAAGUUUGCCUGGUAUAUAUGCAGCCGGAGAUUGCAGAAGAGGACAAUCAUUAAUAGUGUGGGCAAUAUCAGAGGGAAGACAAGCUGCAAGAGAAAUAGAUCACGAUUUAAUGGGUGUUACAGGUCUUCCAGGUCCUGGUGGAAUCAUAUCCGGAGUUUUAAAUUAAAUAUAUUUAGCCUAUACAUAUGUAAUCAACUUUUUUGAUCUCUCGUUGCGAAUUGAUUUCACAAGUCAAUACAAAUUGAAAAUCAUUGCAAAAAGAGAGAAUUGUACGUUUUAUGAAUUUUAGCAUGCAGCUGCUGUUUUUAUGAAAAAAAAAAAAAAAAAAUUUACAUAACGUGGAAUAUGCGUUAUGAUGAAAGCUAUAUAUAUAUAUACAAAUAUAUAUAUGAACGACGAAAUAGAUCUUCUAUUCAAAUAUAUAAAUAUAUCAGAUCUGAGUGCUAUUAUAAUGACGAGUUUUGUCCGAUAACACAAUAUUGUUACAAUUAGAAAAUGAAAAAAAAAAUUUAAAGACUCGUCUUAAUUAUUUAUUUUUUAAUUUAAAUUUUUUUCUCCGAUAACGAGGAAUAAAUGAAGCAGUUUACAAAUAUUUCUCUAUUAUGAUAAGUUUACAUAUAAAUAUAUAUAAAAUAAAUAUAUAUUUCGUAAAAUCAAAAACAAUUACAAAAAAAAAAGAUAGUUUUUAGUACGAAAACGCACCAAAGGCCUCUGAAAAAAAUUACGUUGUUCGCAUAUUUAAUAAUGCUUCAAAAAUUUUUCCAAAAAGAAAAACAAAAAAUGAUUGCGCUUGUGAUAAAAUUUUGAACAAUAAUUUAGAGAAACUUUAUUUCUUUUUUUAGUGAUAAAAAAAAAGUUGUCCUUUUUUCGUGUGUAUUAAAAUUUGAAAAAUGGUCAAUUACCAAUGUAGAGCAUGCGAACGUUUACUGUUAAAAUAAUAUAAAUGUCGAUAAAUUUUGCUUAGGUGCGCUAUUAUACAUUAUGUAUACUAUAUAUAAUUAUAUAUAUUUACAAUUUUUUUUUCAUAGAUUUUUUUCAUCGAUUAUAUAAGAAAUUGCAUUCAAUUAAAUUUAUUUACAAAAUAAUUUAUUUUUUAUAUAAUUUCGUCACUUAUAAAUAUUAUAAUUAUUAUAUAUAAGGAUACGUAUCACGUUGAAAAAAAAGUGUCGUCAAUUCGAAUUAGUUUAUAGUUUAAAUAUGUCAUUUAUAUCACUGUAAAUUUUUGAUGCAUAACGAUAACUUCUGAGACAAUAAAAUUAUAUUGAAUGUUAGGCAA